AUGUCAAACGAAGCUAUUUCAAAACCUUUAUUGAAAAAUGUCCUGCAUAAUGGUGUUAGACGCUGUAUUUGUCAACUUAAGCGAAUAACCUUCAGAUUUUGCAAGUCACAUGGUGGAAGUAAGCAAAUGAGUGAAUUUAUUGAGAAUAAUUUGCUGGAAUUCACACAGAACAAUCCGGAAGUUGUUGUUUAUUUCCAACCUAGACGAAACCAGCCUCCCAGCAUACCAGCCUAUCACCGUCAAUAUUUAAAUGGUGGCAAGCAGAUCCUGGGAAUGUCAUCUAAAUUAACCCCUGAAAUUUGUAAGUGGACUGAACACCUGAGAACCAGGUCAGGUGUUCAGAUUGUUAGAAUGAUUAAAAAUAAUCACACAGACACUCCCAUUACACAAGGCAUAUGGCAGCCAUUCAUGUUCAAGGAGACUGAAUGGGCAGUGACUAAGUUUCCCAAUGAGAAGUGGUCAUCUGUUCUCAAGGUUGGAAAAACAGCUACAGAUUAUGUGCUGGAGGAGCAAUCAGGCAAAUCCCAACAUGACAUCAAGACACGCUGCAUACAUGAAGAUAACAAAUAA